ACGUCUGCACUUCUCCACAGCAUGAUCUUGCUGUAGGGUUCGUAGUACAUGCAUGUGAUGUUUUUUACUAGUUAAAUUUUUGUCAUAUAGCAUACCAAGAUGAAGACCAGGUUCAGCACGAUAGAUAUUGCAGCUGUUGUUUUUGAAAUUAAUGAAAGGUUUCUUGGAAUGAGGGUGGUAAAUAUCUAUGAUAUUGAUAACAAAACAUACCUCAUCAAACUUGCAAAACCAGAUCUAAAAGCUGUUCUCCUCCUAGAGUCUGGUAUUAGACUGCAUGGCACAGAGUUUGACUGGCCAAAAAGCAUGAGUCCAUCUGGGUUUGCAAUGAAGCUGAGGAAGCAUCUAAGAGCGCGUAGACUGGAGAGUGUGACACAGCUUGGAGUUGACAGGAUUGUAGAUCUUCAGUUUGGUUCAGGAGAAGCUGCAUACCAUGUGAUACUAGAACUCUAUGACAGAGGCAACAUCAUCUUGACAGACUAUGAAUACACAAUAUUGAACAUCUUGAGACCACGGACAGAUGACAGUCAGGAUGUCAAGUAUGCUGUGAGAGAGACCUACCCCAUAGAGGCAGCCAGGCAGCCAGACCCCCCUCUCACCAUAGAAAGAUUACGAGGGAUGCUUUUAAGUGGCCAAGAAGGAGAUCCUGUAAAAAAAAUUCUGAAUCCAAAAUUAGUAUAUGGCCCUGCACUGAUUGAACACUCACUGACAUCUGCCGGGCUUGCUGAGAACGUCAAACUUGGGAAAGGAUUUGAUAUAGGACAAGAUUUGCCAAAGCUCAUGGUUGCUCUUGAGGAUGCUGAAAAACUCUUUCAGCAGAUGAAAGACAGUGUUAGUAGGGGUUUUAUAACACAGAAAAAAGAUAAGAAGGUGAACCCACAGGAAGGUGAAUUUGCUGAGCUAUUGACAUAUGAUGAAUUUCACCCAUAUUUAUUCAAGCAAUAUGAAAACAAAAGUUUUGUGGAACUGCCUUCCUUCAACAAGGCUGUGGAUGAGUUUUAUUCAAAAAUUGAAAGUCAAAAACUUGACAUGAAGGUUCUUCAAAAGGAAAAAGUAGUGGUCAAGAAAUUGGAAAAUGUGAAGAAAGACCAUGAGAAGAGAUUAGAGACUCUGCAGAAAGAACAGGAACAGGACAUUAGGAAAGCCGAACUUAUUGAAAUUAAUUUAGAUUUGGUGGACCGUGCCAUCUUGGUGGUCCAGAGUGCAGUGGCUAACCAGAUAGACUGGGAUGAGAUCAAAGACCUGGUUAAGGAGGCACAACUUCAGGGAGAUCCUGUUGCCAUAGCAAUAAAAGCUCUCAAACUGGAUACUAACCAUAUUACCAUGUUGUUGAGCAACCCAUAUGCAAUACCCGACAGUGAUGAGGAGGAGGAAGAUGAAGAGAGCAGUGAGAAUCUUAAACCUCUCAAAGUUGACAUAGAUUUAGGGCUGACUGCAUAUGCUAAUGCUAGGAAAUAUUAUGAUAUGAAGCGUUUUGCUGCCCAUAAAGAGCAAAAAACAAUAGACGCAUCUGCAAAGGCUUUAAAAUCAGCUGAAAGAAAAACCAAGCAGACCUUAAAAGAGGUGGCCACUUUAGCCAGUAUAAACAGGACCCGCAAGACAGCGUGGUUUGAGAAGUUCUUGUAUUUCAUCAGCUCAGAGAACUACUUGGUGAUAGGUGGUCGUGAUCAGCAACAGAAUGAAUUGCUGGUGAAGAGAUAUCUAACAGCUGGUGACAUCUAUGUUCAUGCUGAUUUACAUGGUGCUAGCAGUGUAGUUAUAAAAAAUCCCACAGGUGAGCCAGUUCCCCCUAAGACACUGAACGAGGCUGGUACAAUGGCAGUUUGUAAUAGUGCUGCCUGGGAUGCCAAGGUGGUCACUAGUGCGUGGUGGGUCUACCAUGACCAGGUGUCCAAAACUGCCCCCACGGGAGAGUACCUGACCACCGGGAGCUUUAUGAUCAGAGGAAAGAAGAACUAUGUGCCUCCAUGUUAUUUAAUAUAUGGGUUUGGGUUUCUCUUCAAGUUGGAGGAAGGUUCUGUGUAUCGCCACCAGGGGGAGAGGAAGGCUCACGGUGCAGACGACGAGGACACGGCAUCAAUGACAGACUCAAUGGUGUCAAUUGACGGUGACACUGCAUCUCUAAACAAUGGCAGUGACAGUGAAAUGAUGGAAUCGGACACCACAGAGUGUUACUCUAGUACUACUGACUGUUACUCCAGCAGUGAGAAACUGGCUUUACUAGGGACAAAAAAACAGGGUGACUCUGGGGUCCAAAAGAAAUCAGAGGACUCUCAAGACAAGGAGGCACCUGCACUGAACAGUCCAGAUGGGGUAAAUUUUAAAGCAGAGGGAGUUGCCCCCGAAACUGUAGGGCAGGAAAGUAGUAGUAGUAGCAGCAGUGAGGAGGAGAGUGCCUAUCCUGACACACAGAUAGAUUUAAAACAUAUCAGAGGCGAAAUGUUCCAGUCCACUCAGGGCAGAGGCAGCUCAACCUCAGAUAAAGAUGAGUCUGACAUUGGGCAUAUAGAGCAGGUGGAGAGGAAGGGAUCUUCUAGAUUAACAGCCAAACAAAGAAGAGAAUUGAAGAAAAAAUCCAAGCAGACCUCUGAAGCACCAGUGGAAGAUGAAUCUGACAGGUUAAUAGCAGAAAUGGAUGACCUUCUGAAGUCAGAAAAGCAACGACAUAAACAACAAAAGCAACAGCAAGCAGAAGAAGAGCGCCCACAGCCUAAACGAGGGCAAAAAGCCAAAAUGAAGAAAAUCAAGGAAAAGUAUAAAGACCAAGAUGAGGAGGAAAGGAGACUAAGAAUGGAAUUAUUAGCAUCUGCAGGGGAACCCAAGGAAGAGAAGAAAAAAGACAAGAAAGGUGGCCACCAGCAUCAGAUGAACAAACAGAAACAAAGACAGCUCCAGAAGCAGCAGCCAGUGAUAAAGCAGCAACACCAGCACCAAGAGGUGCCUCAGGGAGACCCCCAGGCCACACAAGAUAUGGACCAAGCCAAACGCCACCAUAAGGCCUUAGAAGAAGAGGAGCAGGUUACUGCUGAAGAAAAAGCUGUGCUUGAAGAGGAAAAUGUACAGAUAUUAGAGGAUGUGAGCGCUAUAGACACCUUAACUGGAUGCCCUGUGGUAGAGGACGAGCUACUCUAUGCCAUCCCUGUGUGUGCUCCUUACACUGCCAUAGUCAACUACAAAUAUAAAGUAAAGUUGACACCAGGCACACAAAAAAGAGGAAAAGCUGUCCAGACUGCACUGAAUAUGUUUCUUCAUGAGAAAACAGCAACACCCAGAGAAAGAGAACUAUUGAGAGUAGUCAAGGAUAAUGAUCUUUCUCGAAACAUGCCUGGGAAAGUGAAAGUCUCAGCACCCAAUUUACAAACUGCCAAGCGCAAGAGGUAAUCAGCCAUGCAGCAAGGAUUGAUUGUUUCUCACCCACUACGUCUUCUUCUGAAUUUGAUGCCCAAGUUUCAGCAGUUUACAGACUGCAGCAGCUAAUUCUAAGUAUGAGAACCUUAUGAUGUCUAGAAGGAAAGCUUAAUCCUUUGUGGAAAUUAAAACCAGCAUGACUUAGAUUAAAGACCUCAGAAUGAUAUUCAAAUGAGAACGAGUAAUGAGCAUGUAUUGAGUAUCUAUCUGUAAUACUGUGAAGGAACUAUCAAUACAUAUACAAAAGUUAAUCCAUCAAGUGCAAUUAUAGCUAAGUCAGAUGUAUAGUGGAAUGGUAUUCUUUUUUUAAUUAAAUGAACUGUCAUCUUAUGUAUUUGAUAAGGGAUAUUUUUUCAUGCAGCUGGACAGAUGUGUUUUUUUUUUUCUUCAGAGGAUGUUAAAACAUGCACAUCUUAUUAAAAAGACGUCUCUUUGCAAAACUGACUUCUUGUCUCUGUGGCAGUCACUGUUUUGAUCAUGAAGAUAGUGGGCUGUUUGUGAAUGUUUUUGUAAUUGUAGGUCUGUUUCUAUUGUCUCAUGUUAAAUAAUUACUUGAUCUGACCUGAAAGUAUUUUCUCAGAAUUGUUGUGUUAGAAAAAUUAUUGGAUCAGGCAGAAGAAAAAAUGCAUAGAAAAUUUAAAUAGUAAAGUGGUGUGUUAAUUUCUAAAAUAAUUGAUAUCUUUAAUGAAUAGUGCUUGAUUGCAUUGUGCCAUUAUGAGGUGAAAAUAACUAAAUGUAGAUCAUAUUAAUAAAGCAUUGCUUUAUUUGAAUGAGCAAUUAAAAUUUUCCUUUUUUUGUGUACAUGUUAUGGAGUUGUUUGUGAAUUUUUCAUUUUUCACAAAUUGGCAUGUUCAAGGUGUAACUUUGAACUCCCGUUGGCCCGAUUCACUAUGUCAAUAAUGUAUUAUGAAUGCCCACAUUGACAGUAUCACAUUAUUUAAAAGUGCUUGUGGUUAUGCAAUAGACUGUAAUGUAAUAUUCCAUCAAAAUUAACAGAAAACCAAUUUUGUGCACUGCGCAAUAAAUGCAUAACUGUUAUUAUCACCAUUAAUUACAAAUCUCAGAGUGGUUCACAACAUGCAC